CGCUCAGCGGCAGCCAUUUUAACUUUUGGCGUCGAAAAUACGGCGAGGAAAUCUGAGGAAGCCGGAGAUCCUGUUGGUCUGUGUGAUUUUUUCGCAUCUAGCGCAAGCAGUGUGUAGUGCUCGAGGGCCCGUGGUUACCAGUGAGUGUGUGAGGAAGUUGAGAAGUUGAGUUUAAGAAGCGGAGUCGGAUUUGCGGAUUAGUAGUCUAACCAAACCGAAGCAAAGAUGUCGAUGUCUGCCACGUGCUACAAGUGCAACCGGCCGGGCCACUUUGCCCGGGACUGCAGUCUCGGCGGCGGCGGAGGUCCGGGCGGCGUUGGAGGAGGCGGUGGUGGCGGCGGCGGAGGUAUGCGCGGCAACGAUGGCGGCGGCAUGCGUCGCAACCGCGAGAAGUGCUACAAAUGCAACCAAUUCGGGCACUUCGCACGUGCCUGCCCCGAGGAGGCCGAGCGCUGCUACCGCUGCAACGGCAUCGGGCACAUCUCGAAGGACUGCACCCAGGCGGACAACCCGACCUGCUACCGGUGCAACAAGACCGGACACUGGGUGCGCAACUGCCCGGAGGCCGUCAACGAACGUGGACCGACCAAUGUGUCGUGCUACAAGUGCAACCGCGCCGGACACAUCUCCAAGAACUGCCCGGAGACUUUGAAGACUUGCUACGGCUGCGGCAAGAGCGGACAUCUGAGGCGCGAGUGCGACGAGAAGGGCGGACGGAACUAGGCGCCACCACCCACCCGUGGCACCUCACAAAUGUAAUCAUCGAAGGAGGAAUAUGAGUAAUAAUUCAACACACGAAGAACAACCAGAAGAAGAUGAAAACGAAAAAAAAAUUAAAAAAACGAAAAAUCAAUUUGCUACAACAUUCACAAAGCCAGCCAACAGCAACAACAUCUAGAAGCGAUAGCAGCAGCACCCAAGUCAAGAUCAACCCCUUCAAAAUAAGGAACCCACAACCACAUCCACAUCCCUCCAUUAACACAUGCAGCAUAUGAAUCUAUAAUCCUGAACAUCAUCCUGUAACCAUCGCUGAUUCCAAAAGCCGAGCCUGCAGCGCGGUGCCAACGUCCCGAGAACUGAAAGAAGACAAGAAGUAUUGGCUUUCCAAGGGAAAGCCGACAGAAGAGGAAUCACGGAGGAAAAGGGCAAAAGGAACCUCAAGCAGGGGUCGGAGGAGCAGAACCAGAAGACGAUAGCCAACGGCAGCUGUGCAGCCGAGAGAGCAGAUGACACCGACGACGAGGAAGAGGAUGAGGAAGAAGACACGACGACCCAAUUUGUAAGAUGAGACUAAACCACAACAGCAACAACAAAAGAAUUCACCAAGCAAACCACUUUACUAUAAUUAUACCUAUAUGAUUAUGAUUAUGCUGCAAGUGUUUGAAUUUACUAAUUACAUUAUAACGAAUGGAAUGAAACUAUAUAAGAUUAUAUAAAGAAAAAUACCUUAAAGAAUACUAUUUAAAGCAAAUGAUCCUAUUAGGAGUUCCACAGCCAGAAAUAACCGAAUGAAAAACGUAAAUAAAAAUUAUAAAAACCAA